CUUUAAUGCAGACGACACGAAUUGAAAGAAUAUAGGGAAAAUAAGCGCUCUGACAACAGGGCCAGAAAUUGGAGGGAAUUGACAUUAUCUAGUUAUAAAAUUGUAUAAAAAAUGGCUGCUAAUACAGAACAACAGCAACAAGCUGUCAGUGCUCUUCCGCUUCCUCCCAGUUUCUAUGAAAACUAUACAGAUGAAAAUGUGAAAAAUCACCGGGCACCGCCACCUCCUCUGCCACCAUCAGACCAAGAAGGUUACUCUUGUUUUGGAAUGACCUUUAGCCAAUCAAAUGAGACUCCAAUUGUCCCACCUUUGGAAUCACAAAAUGUGGAACGUCUUCAUCCAGAAAGCUAUGAGCAUAAACGUGAAUUGCUCAAGAUGAACCACUCACUUCUCUGUGCCGUCCUUGAUCUCCUUCACAUUCUCGCAUCAUCAGCAGACAGUCCUCAAAGAGCGCAAAAGUUGGCAGAUAUAUAUCUCAUUCUUAUUCAUAUGCAACAUCUUAUAAACGAGCUUCGUCCAGUUCAAGCCAGAGAUGCUCUUGCAGCUAUGAUGAGCCGACAAGUUGAGGCUACAAACAAUGCUCUUUCGUCUGUUGCCAAAAUAAUAAAUGAAGUAGCGAAUAUAGUAAACAGGUCAUCUUCACCCCAAACUACUCAUGUAAAUGGACUUACAACAACAGAAGAAGAAAAUGAGUUAUAUGAGUCGAAUUCAACGGAUGUAAAUCAUCAUUCACUUGCCUAUCAUAAUCCAUUAUUUGAAAAUAUGGAUUUGUUUUAA